CUUUAUCAGCUUUUAUGUUUCCUCUCAUAGAUCUCACAGACUCUCUCUUCUUCUUCUUCAAACUAUAAUGGAGUCUUCUAAGCAUAAUAAACUCUGUUCUUGCUUUUAUCUUUGCCUCUUCUUGACUUUAGUUGCAGCUGAACCUCAAACAGAAUCUCUUCUCACUUUAAAAUCUCAACUCACCGACAAUUUCAACAGCUUAAAAGACUGGUUCAUUAUCACUCCUGGAGUUUCCGACAAAGUUGUCGCUUGUUGUUCUUGGUCUGGUGUCCGAUGUAACCAAAACUCAACUUCUGUUGUCUCCCUCGACCUCUCUUCCAAGAAUCUCGCAGGGAGUUUGUCAGGGAAGGAGUUCCUCGUCUUCACUGAACUUCUUGAACUCAACAUCAGUGACAACUCGUUUUCCGGCGAGUUUCCGACUGAGAUCUUCUUUAACUUGACCAAUCUCAGAAGCCUUGACAUUAGCCGAAACAACUUCUCCGGACGUUUCCCAGACGGUAACGGUGGUGGUGGCUCAAGUCUCAAGAAUCUGAUCCUUCUCGACGCCUUGAGCAAUAGCUUCUCCGGUCCAUUACCGAUCCAUCUCUCUCAGUUAGAGAAUCUCAAGGUACUGAAUCUCGCUGGGAGUUACUUCACUGGCUCGAUUCCGAGUCAGUACGGAUCUUUCAAGAAUCUUGAGUUUCUUCAUCUUGGUGGGAAUUUACUAAGUGGGCACAUACCACAAGAGCUUGGGAAUCUCACAACUUUGACUCACAUGGAGAUUGGAUAUAACUCAUAUGAAGGAGUAAUCCCUUGGCAAAUAGGUUACAUGAGUGAGCUCAAGUACCUCGACAUUGCUGGAGCCAAUCUCUCUGGCUUCUUACCAAAGCAUUUCAGCAAUCUCACAAAGCUUGAAUCUUUGUUCCUCUUCAGGAACCAUCUUUCUAGAGAAAUCCCAUGGGAGCUUGGACAAAUCACUUCUCUUGUUAACUUAGACCUCUCAGACAACCAUAUCUCUGGAACCAUACCAGAGAGUUUUUCAGGUUUGAAGAAUCUCAGGCUUUUGAAUCUUAUGUACAAUGAAAUGAGUGGGACUCUCCCUGAAGUAAUUGCUCAGCUACCUUCUUUGGAUACUCUCUUUAUAUGGAACAAUUACUUUUCUGGGUCACUUCCCAAAAGCUUGGGGAUGAACUCAAAGCUUAGAUGGGUCGAUGUUUCUACCAACAGUUUCGAAGGUGAAAUCCCACAAGGUAUUUGCUCAAGAGGUGUUCUUUUUAAGGUCAUUCUAUUCUCCAAUAAUUUCACUGGAACUCUGUCUCCAUCUCUCUCCAAUUGUUCAACGCUUGUUCGUAUCCGGCUUGAAGAUAAUUCAUUCUCAGGUGUGAUCCCUUUUAGCUUUAGCCAGCUUCCUGAUAUCUCAUACAUAGACCUCUCAAGAAACAAACUCACAGGAGGCAUUCCUUUAGAUAUAUCCAAAGCUACUAAACUUGACUACUUCAAUAUCUCUAACAACCCUGAGCUAGGAGGGAAACUUCCACCGCAGAUUUGGUCUGCGCCUCGUCUUCAGAACUUCUCUGCAUCAUCCUGCAGUAUCUCUGGUAGUCUCCCUGAGUUUGAAUCCUGCAAAGCGAUCACUGUUAUUGAAUUGAGCAACAACAAUAUAUCAGGGAUGUUAACACCAACUGUUUCCACUUGUGGCUCUCUUGAGAAGAUGGAUUUAGCUGGAAACAGAAUGACAGGUAGGAUUCCUGAGAGAUUCGCAAAGCUUCCACAUUUGAGAGUCUUGGAUUUGUCACACAAUAACUUGAGUGGUUCCAUCCCAUCUGACAAAGUGUUUCAAUCAAUGGGGAAACAUGCGUACGAGAGCAAUGCAAACCUCUGUGGGCUUCCUCUGAAAUCAUGUUCAGCUUACAGCUCAAAGAAGCUUGUGUCUGUUCUAGUAGCUUGUCUAGUCUCUAUCCUGCUAAUGGUAGUUGCAGCUUUGGCAUUGUACUAUAUUCGUCAAAGAAGUCAAGGUCAAUGGAAGAUGGUGUCUUUCGCGGGACUCCCUCAUUUCACAGCAGAUGAUGUUUUGAGGAGCUUUGGUUCACCUGAACCUAGUGAAGCAGUUCCAGCUUCAGUGAGCAAAGCAGUUCUGCCAACAGGAAUAACAGUCAUAGUGAGAAAAAUCGAAUUGCAAGACAAGAAGAAGAGUGUUGUUUUGAACGUUUUAACGCAGAUGGGGAAUGCAAGACAUGUAAAUCUGGUCAGGUUGCUGGGGUUUUGUUACAACAAUCAUCUUGUGUAUGUGCUGUAUGAUAAUAACCUGCAUACCAGGACUCUAGUUGAGAAAAUGAGGACAAAGAAGAAAGACUGGGCAACUAAGAAGAGGAUCAUCACUGGUGUUGCUAAGGGACUAUGCUUUCUUCACCAUGAAUGCUACCCUGCAAUUCCCCAUGGAGAUGUGAAGUCUUCUAAUAUAUUAUUCGAUGACGAUAAGAUAGAGCCCUACUUGGGUGAAUUUGGGUUCAAAUACAUGCUACAUUUGAACACAGAUCAGAUGAACGAUGUAAUAAGAGCGGAGCAGCAAAAGGACAUUUACAACUUUGGAGAACUCAUUUUGGAAAUCUUAACAAAUGGUAAGCUGAUGAAUGCUGGCGGAUUGAUGAUACAGAACAAGCCAAAGGAUGUUCUUCUACGAGAAGUAUACACAGAAAACGAAGUGGGUUCAAGUGAUUUUAAACAAGGAGAAGUUAAAAGAGUUGUUGAGGUCGCACUUCUCUGCAUGAGAAGUGACCAGUCUGACCGUCUUUGCAUGGAAGAUGCAGUGAGGUUCUUGUCUGAAGCAGAGAAUAGGUUUAAAUAGGUAAUAAGGACAAUGUUUAAAUGCACAUAGUGUCUCCUCCCCUAUAGAUAUAGUAAAAGGGAUUCCUUAUAUAUAGUAUUGUACCAAAACGUUCUCUUUCUUUCUUUUAUGGUCAGAUGUGACUUCUUAUGAUGUUGUUCUUGUAUUACUAUACAUUCAAUAAAUGAAAUGAAGAUUG